CCAAGAAUACUAAGCAAUAGGAAAAGUUGGGUCGUAAUAAGAGAAAUUAUUAUAGCUGCGACGGGGGGAAAUGAGAAUAUAUUCAAGAUGCCAAUAUCAGAUGACCAACUCAACCGAAUACUUCAUCAACAGCAAGCACAAAUGCGGUUACUGGAGACUGACGAACAAGCCUAACAUCCACUGCUCAAGUUCACACGUUAUUUCAAAUACUUUUUGUGGUGCAGUUGCUGGGAGCAUCACAGACUUCAUCUAUGACCCGGAAAGUGGAAAUGCCUUCCUCACGUCGUUCAAGCGUUGGAAAGAUACAUUUCGAAUAGAAUUCUGUAAACAAGAUGACGAGUGGACGACUCGAUUGUUGAUGAGUAAGUUGGGAAGAAAUGAACAUGCACAUUAUGGUGACCAAAUAUUGCCAAAGUUAUCUCGAGAACUCAGUUUCGAGAAGACAGUAACUGAAUUGUCAGAGAUAUUCGAUGACUCCUCUUCAUUGUUUAGUAUUCGAUACCAAUGUCUAAAUUUGGUGAAACACGAAGCUGAUGAAUAUGGUGCUCUAGCAGACGUCGUCAACAGAGUGUGUACGGUUCUAGUUAUGCUCAUUAAAAGAACAAUUUAUAUGUCUAAUAUUCAUCAAAGCUCUUCAGUCACCACAAGAUGCUGAGACUAUGACUGAACUUUUAAUUCGACUGGACCAAAAUCCAAACGUCACACUCAGGACAUUGAUGGAUGAGUGUAGAUGGCUAAAAAACAUCAGACACGACAAUAAGUUAAUUGAACAAUUAAAUCCUAAUUUAACCUGCAGUAGUGUCAAUACUAUCACUAGGUUAAGCUUGUUCGUCAGUCUCCAGUAAUCGCAUUUGUGCUUGCUGUUGUUGUAGUAUUCGGUUGAGUUGGUCAUCUGAUAUUGGCAUCUUGAAUAUAUUCUCAUUUCCC